AUGCAGGCAUCCCAGAGCCCAGUCAUGGCCACUUCGGCUAGGCCUCAUCCCUUUGAUCCUAUCACCCCAGGAGAAAUCCAAUUAGUUGUCCGCAUUCUCGAAGAGACGUUUCCCGGCGUACCGCUGCGGUACAAGCGAAUUGACUUGCAAGAACCCAUCAAGCGACAUGUGGUUGCAUAUCUCGAGGCGGAGCGGCUCCGAAAGCCAUUGCCCCCCAGGCCAUCCCGUCUUUUAUUCGCCUACUUUCACCGUCUUGACAGUGGCAUCUUCUACAAGGCUCUGCUGAAUGCCGAUACCAAGUCAGCCAUUCAUAUCAAGGAGCUCCCGGCGCAUGUUCAGGGACCAAUUGACGUGGACGAGGUCACUGAGAUUGAAGCUCUCUGCUUGCGGCAUCCGGCAGUGCUGGCAGAAAUUGAGAAAUUGAAGUUGCCACCAGGCAUGUCCGUGUGCAACGACCCAUGGAUGUAUGGGUCGGACGAUGAGAAUGAAACCCGGCGGUUGUUCCAGUGCUUCAUGUAUAUCACUGAGGUGGAUCACCCGGAGAACAACCACUACUCUUUGCCCUGCAAGUUUUCACCAGUUUUUAAUGCUAUCACUCAGGAGCUAGUACGCAUGGAUUACCUCCCGGGUGGUGGUGAUUCUCAGGUCACGGAAACUCAGCCUUGGAAAACCGUCAAAACAAUCCAAUAUGCUCAUGAUCUCCUGGAUGAGCCACUCAGAAAAGACCUCAAGCCAUAUAUUGUGCAACAGCCAGAGGGCGCCUCCUUCUCCGUUGAUGGAAACUUUGUGUACUGGCAGAAGUGGCGCUUCCGGGUUGGAUUCAACAAUCGGGAAGGUCUGGUGCUGUAUAAUCUUACAUACGACAACCGCAACGUCUUCUAUCGCCUCUCGGUAUCAGAGAUGACGGUUCCUUAUGGAGAUCCCCGAGCCCCGUACCACCGCAAACAGGCAUUUGACGUGGGAGAUGCUGGCUUUGGCCUCAAUGCCAACCAGUUAACACUGGGAUGUGACUGUCUCGGUCAUAUCAAAUAUUUCGACGGCUACCGGACAGAUUCAAAGGGCAACCCUGUUCUUCUCAAAAACAUCAUCUGCAUGCAUGAACAGGACAAUGGUCUCCAGCAUAAACACACCAACUACAGAUCAGGCGCUGCUACCGUGGUGCGAAACCGCCAGUUGGUGCUUCAGAUGAUUUGCACCGUUGCAAACUACGAAUACAUCUUUGCCUACAUUUUUGACCAAGCGGCCAAUGUGGAACUUGAGGUCCGGGCUACUGGUAUCUUGUCCACGGUUCCCUUCGACAACGAGAAUGGCCAGACAGUUGCCUGGGGCACCAACGUCGGCCCAGGAGUCAUGGCUCCCUUCCACCAGCAUAUGUUCUCGUUGCGAAUCGACCCGGCACUUGAUGGGUUCAAGAACACCGUCUACUACGAGGAUAGCGUACCAAUGCCCGAGGAUGAAAAUAAUCCAUGGCUUGUCGGUUACACCACUGAGCAGACAGUGAUUAGCAAGUCCGGCACAGCCAACACGGACAUCAGCCGUCACCGAGUCUUCAAAAUCCGCAACGACAACGUCAUCAACCCCAUCACCUACAAGCCUAUCGCAUACAAGCUCCAGACAGCACCCAGCCAGAUGCUGCUCAUGAGCAAGAAUGCAAUGGGCUACCGCCGGGCCGAGUUCGCCACCAAACCCAUUUGGGUGACCAAGUAUCGCGACGACGAGCUGUACGCCGCAGGCGAAUUCACCAACCAGAGCCGCCGCGCCGAGGGCGUCGAGACUUGGGUGCAGCGCAACGACAACACCGAGAAUGAAGACGUCGUCCUCUGGCACACCUUCGGCCUCACCCAUAACCCCCGCAUUGAAGACUUCCCCAUCAUGCCCAUGGAGCGAAUCAGCGUCAUGCUCAAGCCGGAUGGCUUCUUCACCAAGAACCCGGCUCUGGACGUGCCUGCCUCCGCCCAGUCGUUCAACAAAUCCACUCUCCAUUCUCAACCUGCCCCUGCCCCUGCAGCAGCAUGCUGCUCCGGUGCGGGAGGUACCAUUAAGGCGAAGCUUUACAAGCGCAUCGAUUAG